AUGGUUUACGCAGCCACUAUGCGGCCUGAUGUCGCUGUCUUCACAAAUGGGGAAACUCGGCCCAGGACUCUCGACCAUAUCGUCCGUCGACCCACCACCCCUUUGGGUUGGGGUUGGUCUGGUCCACCCCCCCCUCCCCCUUGUGCUUCUUCUUCUUCUCGGGUCGGCGAUCUGGGGGUGCGACGAUCAGACAUCGUUGACUGUGUCAACGAAGCUGCCGUCCCGUCACAGUCCCCCCCCCCCGCCUCUCUUGUCUCUUUGUUUGGCGGCCCUUGCGACAACUGCAAGCAAAGCAGUGCAAAGCCAAGCCAAGCCUCGCCGUUCCUCGAUUGCUAUUGCGUGCGCCCGGCUGAGCGACGCGACAGAAAUCCAACUAGCCAACUCCGUCUCGUCCUUUCGCAGGUGCAAGUUUGUCAUCCCCCCCCCAUAACGCCAUUCCCUCGAUCGACUUUCUCUGCCCGGUACGGCGAGUUCGAGAUUCGCGCCAUGAUUCUCUCCGAUGAGGCCUCUCUCUCUCUCCCCCUGGAGGAGCCUCGAUCGUCACGUCAACCCGUUGAUGUGUAG